AUGCCUGCAAUGUCGUCGCCUUUUGCGACUUUUCUCAUCGUCGGACUCCUCUUCGCAUCGUUCCCUUACGACUAUAAUAUCCUGUGGACUACACCCCCGUCGCUCGUCCCCGGUGUGGACUCGCGCGAGCCCUACUACCAAAUGCUGGAGAACCAUCUCAAGUUCAUCCACGCGUCUCCUCCUCUGAUCUCGCGUAUCCUCCAUAUCGUCAUCGGUACCGGUCUCCUAGGCUUCAUCACCAAGCUCUACAGACCUUCUGAAGCCAAUCUCCUGUUUGAUGGGGCCAGUCUCGUGCUCUACAUGUGCGGCGUCACCGUCUACAUUGCCAACAUUGUCAAAGGCAUGCGCGUCGUCACUUCGGGUGUCUACGGCAACCCUGCCCUUGCCGAGGGCCAGGUCGAUGAUUCUGGCGACUAUCUUGGAAGGGAAGACUCGCUCAAGGUUCUGGCUGCCAGCGAUACUAUCUUGGCUCUUUUGCUCGUUGGUGUUUUGAUCCUACAGGCCGGCCAAUGGUAUGCCAACAAGAAGGAGGCCGACGAGAUUGAAGAGAUGGACAAGAAGCAUGAUGAAAAGAAAGCUUUGCAAAAGGAGAAGAAGAAGCAAUAA